AUGCGGUGCCGACUGGCGGAUAUGGCUGCGGGGCUGGAGAGGCAGAUGGUCAAGGGCGCCCUGGAAGCUGAGUCGAUGGUGCUGGGCUCAAGGGGAGGAGAGCGCAGUGCCCACUUCCCCGAGUGGCACAGGAGAGACCCCCACACCAGCACCCAGGGGCACCUGGGGCACAUUAGCGCCCGGCAGCCAACGCGAGCUGCCUUCCUUUUCCCACCACAAACCCUCCUGGAGCUGGCCUGUGCCUCUCCACGCUUGCCGGGAGUUCCCUCAGCAGAAAGGAAUGUGCCGGCCCAGCGAUCUUGGAAACACCCAGAGCUUGCAGAACAAGCUGGACGGGGUCAGCUGAGCAGGACCUCGGCCCCCAAGCCCCUCGGCGCCGCUGAUUCCCUGGAACAGGGCGCAGGACUUGGGGCCCGGGCCCCUCCUGUCCUGCACUCACCCCUCCACCCGUGA